UAUACUCAAGUGUUUCAAAAAAUAUUGUUCGCUAAAAAUAUUAUCAUACCAACUACACCGACCAUGUAUCAGUUAGGUUGUACUGUUUCUGGUUAAUACUUAUAUAAUGUUGUUUAGUCAUACACCAGUACCAGAUAUGAAAAUGUUAUAUUUUAUAAUGAUAGUUUUAUUUCAAGUAAACCAAGUACUAGUAGUAAAAAAUGAAGACCUACCUAAAGACAACGAGAAUUUUAUUUCAGUGAUAAACACAUUUCAUAUAGACAUAGAUCCUGAAAACAGUGAUAAUAUAAUAUCCGGUCAUGGUCUCAAGGAGGGCAGCAUUGAACCGCAAGUAUUUGUCACGUUUGAAAAUAAUUUACUUCUAAUAUUACAACAGAUGGCAUUUUAUUAUUCUGAUAAAGAAUACGGAGUUUUUUACACGGAAUAUAUUUUUAAUGUUUGUUCAUUACUCCCAAGAUUAUUGGAUUUUCUUUAUAUGGGUUCUGUGAUAAAUUCAAACAUAAUCUUGUUGAAUAGAAUAUACUUAGUUUUUUGUAAAAAAUUACCAUCUUUCUAUAAAAACUAUAAUGAAGAGGACAUAAGUAAUAACAACAAAACACAUUUUAAAGAACAAUUAGAUCAUAUUAGUUUAUUUAUACAAAGCUCGGUAGAAGAAGAAACGGAACUAGAGAAAUACUUGUAUAAUAAGUUUGAAAAAUACGAGUUCCAGAAUAUCAAAUAUCUUUCAACAAUUUACGAGAUCAUCGGUAGUAUCAACAUGAUCCCAAUAAUGAAAAAUAACCCCGGUAUACAAUUCUACGAUAUUUUUAUUAAUUAUUCUCAAUAUCAGAAUAUGAUAAUUCAAACACCGAAAUCACUCAAGGGUAUAGGUAAAAACAUUCAACGAGUCACUGACAAUGGUUUUGAGAAGAUUAAUGAAAAUUAUAUAGAAAUAAUUAUUCAGAAUGAAUGUGGUGAAUUAAAUAAUCGGCUAAAAGAACAGGAUUUAACAAAACCCACCGUAAUAUAUGAAUUGAUGUUGUUUACAUUUAAAAGGCUAACUAAUGAUUAUUUAUAUUAUAUAUCAGAAAGUUUAAAUACACUAAACGAAAAUACUGAAUACCUGAAAAUCAAAAACAAUUUGUUGGUUAUGUUGGAGGUUACGUGCAACUAUUUUCCAUUAGUUCUUAUGUACCUAAUAGAAUUAAAUAUAAACGAUACUAAUUUGUUAAGCUUGUAUUUGACGUUCUGCAGCAACUCUAAAGGAUUCGCUAAUAAUGUUCGUUGUUCGAGUUUUUUUCAGGCCACUAUAGCAGAUGAGGGUUCUGAGAAUAAUAGGAAUUGUAAACUGGAAUCGACGAGAAACUAUUUAAUGAGGAAUAUCUUAACAAUAACUGAUAAAGUUUCUGAGAUUAAUAAAAAUGUAUAUAAUGAAGUAUGCACUAAAGCGAAUUUAGAUUUUAUAAAAAACAUCCAUGAUUUCGUAUUUAAUGAACAUUAUGAAGGAUCAACUGUCCCAGUAUGGACCACGUUCGAGUGGUUGAGCGGUACUUAUUUUCUGACCGAUAAUCACAGUAGCGAUGACAUGAACGAAAUAAAGUUUAGUAAUAUGACCAUUAAAGGUGAAAAUAUGAGUUUAUCAGUUGCGUAUUAUGCGAUAGUACCAUGGAUUUUGAACAGCCAAGCUAUUAUGAAUUUUCAUAACACAAUUUUCAUGAAUCUUAAAACAACAAUGGAUCUUUACGUUUACCAACAUGCCGUAAUUAUAAAUUUGUACUUAAAGAAUCAACGAAAUAACAUCAAUUGGAACGCCGAAGAUAAAGUAAUAAAAUUCAUACGUAAUAGUUUUUUGUGGUAUAAACAAGGGACGAUCAUUUUUUACGAAUAUCUAAAUUUACCGUACGUACAAGGUCUCAAAAAUGUUGCUAAAUUAGACAGUAUAAUUUCUGUAAUUGAGAAUAUAAACAAAACAAAUUUUAGAGAUAUCGACAUACUUAUUAAGGACUACGACGUUAAGGAUAAUAUGAGACAAUUGUUCGAUAAAAAAAUUUUUAAAUCCAACGAAAUUUACGAUAACAGAUAUGGUAUAGCUAUAGAAUGGAAUUGUAUUAAUGCUAUAGACUUCGUGAAUUCUUUUGUUUUGAUCGUAAACAAAUCAAUGAGAAUUGAAAUCGAAUUCGAUAAAGAAAAAAUGAAGGAAUUAUACUGUUUAACUCAUAAUAUUUUUGGUAAUAAAUCCCGAGUUGGAACAAAAUCGAAUAGCUCUAAAUGCGUUGGCAUGGUUUCCUCUUUUCCACGAAGCCUAAGACGUUUUUUCUCACGUAAUCGGGAAUAAUGCAAUUUUCCUGUGGUUAUUUAUGAGUAUAUAAAUAUUAUAUUAUAUUAUAAAACAUUAUCUUAAUCUUAAAUUACAGUACACUAAAUAAACAAUACGAAAACAUUUUUAAUUUAAAAAAAAACUCUUUCAUUCUAAUUGAUUUUUUUUUUUUUCAUUAAAUAAGUUAAAUAUAAAUAAAUUACAUACUAUGCUAAUUCAUCUUAAUUUUAAUAUAAAUUGUUUUUUCAAUAACACAUAAUUAUUUAGUAGUUAAUUAGGUAAAUUUUCAAAAUUCAAAAAGAAUAAUUAUAUUAAAUUUAUUGUUAAAACAUUUUCAAUUGUAUUUGUUUGAAAUUAAAUGUAAAAUAUAUUUGAUACUAUUUUUCCUAAAUAUAUAAAAGAAGGUGUGGG